AAGCUAGCUAUACAAUAUUUUGCUUUCAAGAAAAUUACAUCUAAUAUAACUAGGUUUUCCUUAAUGAUUUCCUAUUAGUAUUUGCCCCUUCAGCUAGCUAGGGUUUCGUUGAAUCAAAGAAACCCUAAUUAAGAAAACAUAGAUAUAUAUCAAAAAUUUCAUGAUUUUCUAGGAUUUAACUGUCUAAAUUAAUGAGCGAUAAUUCGUUGAUGCAGUUCAUUUGUAACACUGAAGAGUACGGGUGAGGAAAGGAAGAAGCAGAAAGAAAUGGAAGCAGCAGGAAAUAAAGACGAAAGUUUGCCACCAGGGUUUCGAUUUCACCCUACAGAUGAAGAACUCAUAACUUUCUAUCUGGUGAACAAGAUCUCGGAUGCUAAUUUCACUGGCAGAGCCAUAGCUGAUGUUGAUCUCAACAAGUCCGAGCCAUGGGAUCUUCCAGGGAAGGCGAAAAUGGGAGAAAAAGAGUGGUAUUUCUUUAGUCUUCGAGAUCGGAAAUAUCCAACCGGAGUAAGAACAAAUAGAGCCACAAACACCGGUUACUGGAAGACAACGGGGAAAGACAAGGAGAUCUUUAACAGUGUUAGCUCGGAGUUAGUCGGAAUGAAGAAGACGUUAGUUUUCUAUAGAGGAAGAGCUCCCAGAGGAGAAAAAACCAACUGGGUGAUGCAUGAAUAUCGAGUCCAUUCUAAAUCUGCCUUUCGAACUACUAAGGAUGAGUGGGUGAUUUGCCGUGUGUUUCAGAAAAGUGCCGGGGCCAAAAAGUACCCAUCAACCCAAUCAAGAGCCGUUAAUCCCUAUAGCCUUGAAAUGAUGCAGCCAGCAGAGAACUAUCAGUUCCCAGUGGGAAGAAAUUUAAACUCAUACAUGGCUCAAGCAGAAGUUUCAGAGCUCAGCAGGGUUUUCAGAGCAGGAGGAUCGAGUAGUAGUGGUGGUGCUGUAAAUCUACCAUUUCAAUCUCAGAUGAUGAACUACCAUCCGCUUGCAGGAGCAUCUAAUUGCUUUACCAUAUCGGGGUUGAACUUGAACCUCGGAGGGGCUUCUCCACAGCCCAUUUUCAGGCCAAUGCAUACCUCUCCUCCGCCGCCGCCGCCGCUCAUCAAUCAACAAGAUGUGACAUCUUCCAUAAUGAGUCAUGCUCAAACUUUUCCAGCUGAGGCUACAGUCUAUGGUGCAGAAUUGAACCAAGUAAACGGCUCUAGCAGCAGAUUUAUGGGCGUCGAACAUUGCAUGGAUUUAGAUAACUACUGGCCUUCUUACUGAGCAAGUGGGGAUUCAGUUAUGAUUAUGCCUCGUUACUUCUUUUAUUUAUGCGUUGUAAUGUAUUAGGGUUUUCAGUGGGUAAAAUACCCAGCUGUUUGACGUAUCAUUUUAUGUAAUGGGGAUACAUAUUUUUAUAGUUUCUUUCCUUUUGGUUGUAA